AUGUCUAGUGGAACGGAUAAUUUUUUAAAAAAUUUAUGUGAUGAUAAAAAUGAGCAUUUUAAAGACUUACCUUCGUGCGAUGUAUACAAUAAAAUUAAGAAUGGUGUAGUAAAUUACAAAGAAUAUGAUAGUUAUUGUGAAAACUAUUGCAAAAAAAUGUGUUGUAAUGUAUGCUGCUACAACUUCUUUAAGGUUGGCAGAAACGAGUGUAGUGAUGAUUCUAGAAAUACUUGUGAAAAAGAAUAUAAUGCUUGUCAGGAAGAUAUAUGCAAGGAGAAAUUAAAAAAACGUUAUAAAGAAUGCAAGGGUAUCAAUUGGGAAAAAUUAAUGCGAGGAGACACUGUAUGCAAGGAUGUUAUGAAUGAGGAAAAUUUAGUAGAGUGUAAAAAAGUUAUCAAUAAUGAACAAUUAUGCACAGAAUAUAAACAAUGCAUAGAAGAUAUCGAUAAAGAAAAAUUGAAAGAUAAUUAUAUUGAACCAUGUAAGAAAAUAUGUAAAGGAGUGAUAAAAUUAUCCAUAAUUUUGAGCAGUGAAACAAAUUUACGUGACAAAUGCUCAUACUUUAGUUAUUGGGCAUAUAAAGAAUUAUGGAACGUAACUAAUGGUAAUUCCAAUAAUAAGCUUGAUCCUUGUGUUAGUGAUAUAUUGCAGAAGGUAAUUUGGACUAUUAAUUAUUAUGAUGCAAAGGACAACCCAUGUUACUUUUACUUUGACGAGGAUUUCAAUGCAUGGAAAAAUGAGAAAUAUUUGCAUGACUAUUUUAAAAAUUGUUCUCAAAUAAAAAGUAAUCUUGGAGAAUCUAAAAAUGACGUAUCUAAAAAGGAGGAAUAUUGUAAAUACAUUGGUAAUAUUGCGCCACUAUAUAAAGAUUAUUUAGGUUAUUGUUGUACAUACUUUUUUUUACAUGGAAAUUUUUGGGAUAAAUGUCCAAACUUCUUUAAUUGUGAUAAACAAUAUAAUCCGUAUAAUAUGUUAAAGGAAUUAGAUUGUAAAGAUCAACUAAAAGAUUUCUCAGAAGGGUUAAUAGAUGUAUUAGAAAUUGACCGUGAUGUUAUAGAAAAAAGUAAAGAAACACGUUUAUCUCGUAGAGGAAGAUCGACUGAAAAACAAGAAAUGAAAGUUCCAUUCAGAAUUAGCCAUCCUGUUACAACUAAUAGUUUAAUUAAAGAUGAUAUAAGUUUAACAAGUGAUCCUAUAUAUGUUACUAUAUUAUUUUCUUACACGAUUUUAGGAAUGUUCUUUCUCUUUUUUCUCUUUUACAAGUUUACACCAUUAGGAUCACUGAUUAAUAGGAAAACAAUUAAGAAGAAGCAAAUGAAUCGUAAUUUUCAGGAAAAUUCUAAACGUAAAUUACCAUCUAGAAAGUUACAACAGGUUCAAGGAAAUACUCGAAAAAAAAGAAUCAGUAUAGCUUAUAAUUCUGAAUAA